GAGCCGUCAGUUCAGUUUCGACUGCCCGGCUGUAAUAACCGUUUUCAGGGUUUCUGUGUGUCUUUCGGGGACUUGAAGUAAGAAAACUGGACAUUCCAGUAAUUCGUCAUUUUCGAGAACAGUGUAAGGUGAAAGUGAAAGCAAAGUAAAGAAAAGCUUACAACUGAAGCAACAACAAGAUAAGAAAAGUGAAGGUCACAAACCGGCGAAACGAAUCGAAAAAAAAUCAGGAACAGCAACUACGAACCAAGUUCUUGAGAAGGCGAAGAACGUCGAAAGCAGAAUUGUGAAGUUGUUUUCCCCCUGUUUGGAUCCAUUCGUUAUUGGUUAAGUGAUAUUUCAAAUCCUCUAGAUCACCACGGAUAACCAAGGACAAUUAGGAUCAGCUAUAACUUCACAAGUUGAAGUACCUUAAAUAUACAGGAAGAAGUUAAAUCACAACCGAUAACCGAAGAUGAUGUCCCGAAAGCUGAUCGGUGACGAGGCACGCCAGGAGGACGCGGCAAAUGACAUUCCCGGACCUUAUCGAAUCAGCAACUAUGGCUACGGCAAGGACGCGGUCAAGGUGCUGCACGUAGUUCGAAAUGGGCUGGUGCACAGUAUUAAGGAGUUUGAGGUCGGAACGAAAUUGAAGCUUUCAAGUCAGAAGGAUUAUUUGCAAGGAGACAACAGCGACAUCGUGGCAACGGAUUCCCAGAAGAACACCGUUUAUCUGCUGGCCCGGAAGCAUGGUCUUAAAACGCCGGAAGAGUUUGGCAUUCUGUUGUGCCAACAUUUUCUGUCCAAGUAUUCGCACGUGACCGAGGUUUCGAUCCACAUUGACGAGUAUCCCUGGUCCAGGAUGGCAUUUGGUCGGGGUCCUUAUCAGGAUCUUCAUAACCAUGCUUUCGUUUUUACUCCGACUGCGGUGCGAUACUGCGAUGUCCGGCAGAAGCGAGGAGAACCAACUCCAACGGUGAUUAGCGGCCUUCGGGAGCUCCGUGUUCUGAAAACCACCCAGUCGGCAUUUGUAAACUUCGUCAACGAUGAGUAUCGUUCCCUGCCGGAUCAGCACGAUCGGAUCUUUAGUACCAUCGUUCAGUCGUCCUGGCAGUAUUCCACAGUCAACAAUGUGGAUUUCGACUUUGCCUGGAACAAGGUCAAGCAAAGCAUCCUGAACACGUUCGCUGGAGAUCCAGAAAAGGGUAUCUUCUCGCCAAGUGUCCAGAACACCCUAUAUCUGGCGGAGCAAUUAGUACUGGAUAGCAUUCCGGAGAUUUCCUGUAUCGAGAUGACGAUGCCGAACAAGCACUAUUUCAACUUUGAUUUCGGAAAGUUCCCGAAAGUUGUGGGGCAGCUGAAGGAGGAAACCGUAUUUUUGCCGGUGGAUAAACCGGCUGGGGUUAUCUACGCCCAGCUGGACAGGAAAUCGGUGACGAAGAGUAAACUCUGAAUAGUGAUUGGUGAAGGGUCAAUGUUUCGAAAUUAUAUGUAUUAAGACGAGAGAUUAUAUUUUAUUAUAAAGAGUAAA